AUGGAGCCACGACCUAAAACCUCUCAAUAUGCAAGAAUUUUCCGAGAACGACCGAUCCAGGUGAUUGUAGGGAGUGCAAAGAGCUCCUAUUUUGUCCACCCCGAGGCCUUGUCAUGGUGCAAAAACUCAGCACUAAGUGCGCGAAUCGAAGGGCCGUGGAGGCAGCACGGAGAUGAAAGUCCAAUCGACUGGUCCGACUUUGAUGAGCAGACAGUCGAAUGCGUCUUAAGCUACCUUUAUACGCAGGACUACUACGUCCCUGAGUUGAAUUAUUGGCCUGAUGAUGAUUGCAAAGACGACAAUGACGGCAAAGAGUUCCUUAUAUCCGCACCUGGUAGUCCAAAACCACCUAGCCGGCCACUAACGCCAUUGAGUGAGUGUCUCGAGGUCGGCCUACCGGCAGAUACUUACCUUACUGCUGCGGACGCUUGCACCUACCGAGGAUUUCGGGAUCCUCCCAACGAUAGGCUUGGCACUGAAAUUUUGGUCCAUGCGAAAGUAUAUUGUUUCGCACAUCGUUAUUGUAUCCGCGAGCUUGAGGCUUUUGCACUACAACGUCUGACAAAAGUUCUCAUUGUCGUGGAUAUAGAAGAAGACGCUGUGUUUCCGUCUCUCGCAGAUGCUAUCCGUAUUGUCUACGAUUCGACCCCGGGCGCGAAUUUGCAACAUAAUCCUGCUCGGAAUUUGUUAUCUCAGUACGUUGCAUUGCAUUAUACUAGGUUGCCAACCGAGAGCUUGGAUCGGGUUAUGGCAGAGGGCGGUGAUUUCGUGGUUGAUUUAUCACACAAGUUGGCUAGACGACUGAGAACGAGGUCCUAG